UAUUACUUGAAAAAGCAAAGGACUGGGAAAGCAUCUGCCUGACAGCUGGAGGAAAAGCUCGGGGGCGAGGGGUGCAACCUUGCCCCACACUGGAGCUAUGUCAUUGCCGAUCGCCAGGGACCGGCAGCAAACUGCAGGCGCGCCACGCGUUUGUCCUCGCUCUUAACUCUCCCGCAUUGCCUUUCCUUCACCUUUCUCCGUCACUUGUAGGCUUCAAACCUCAAGGUCACUGUAAACAUCAUGGCGUGCGUACACGUAGACGCGCCAGAGCUUCGACCGCCUGGUCCAACCCAGUCUGUUUAUCGUGAAGAUUGCACACAGUGCUUCGACUCAAUAGACGAUCCUACUGGCCUCGAUGUAUGCCUCUACUGCUUCAACGGUGGGUGUACCGCCGACCGCAGCCACUCUAUCCUCCAUGUAUCAGGAACCUCCCAUCCGCUUGUUCUGAACAUCAAGCGCACUCGCAAGCAAGUCACUCGUGACUCGGAACCGCCGGCAAAGAUGACAAAGCUCUCGAUUGCCGCUGAGACUGAAACCGACCGCUACGACACUAAGACAACCGUCAAGUGCUACGAGUGUGGCAUUGAUGAGGUGGACAAGAGCUCUGGAAAGCUCCCACAGCUAGUCGACGCGGUUCUCAAGGCCAACACCUUUGCCAGACAGGAGGAAGUCAAGGCGUGGGAGCAGGAGAUGACGGCUUGCGAGCACACACUGUGUUUAGAACAGCAAGAGGCACGACAGAUCGAGUCUGGUGCUCUAGGGCACUGUUCCGAGUGCGAACUCGGCGAGAAUCUGUGGCUCUGUUUGAGUUGUGGCAACCUCGGCUGCGGGCGACAACAGUUUGGCGGCAUUGGUGGCAACUCGCACGGUGUUGGACACACGAAGUCGACAGGACACCCCGUCGCCGUCAAGCUGGGUUCCCUCACUGCCGAUGGCACUGCAGACAUCUACUGUUAUGCUUGCGACGAAGAGCGAGUUGACCCAGAACUACCGAAUCAUCUGGCACACUGGGGUAUCAACAUCAAGGACCGAGUGAAGACGGAGAAGAGCUUGACCGAGAUGCAGGUUGAGCAGAAUCUGCGAUGGGAGUUCUCAAUGACAACAGAGGAUGGUAAGGAGCUGAAGCCUCUGUUUGGCUCAGACUUCACAGGACUCAAGAACCUGGGCAAUAGCUGCUACCUCAACAGCACACUGCAGGCGCUGUUCGCGAUACCGGAGUUCAGAGACCGAUACUACCUUCCGGAGCAACGCCCACCAAACGCAGCGCUUCCUGCUGAAGAUCUGGAAACCCAGCUCCGCAAGGUCGCCGAUGGUCUGAUCUCGGGGCGGUACUCGAAGCCAGACAGCGAUGUCGUCGUCACCGAGCACACGCCCGAAGCUCCACACCAGCGCGGUCUUGCCCCAGCCAUGCUCAAGCACUUGAUCGGUCGAGGGCACGCGGAGUUCUCAACGAUGCGACAGCAGGAUGCUUUCGAGCUGCUACUCCACCUGCUCAAGCUCAUUUCCAGAUCACAGCAUGUUGCGCCUUCCAAGGACCCUGUCGAUGCUUUCAGGUUUGCCAUGGAGCAGCGACUUCAGUGCAUCAGCUGCAAGCGAGUCCGUUACCGAUCAGAUGAGCAGGAAAACAUCUCUAUCCCCGUCCCAAUUCGGAGGGUGCCCAAAGAGGCGCAGAUGGACGCUACAGACAGCCUGGGCAAAGAAAAGGAGAAGGAAGAGUUCGAGCCUGUCACAUUGAAGGAGUGUCUAGACGUUUUCACUGCUGAAGAGAUAGUUGAGCUCACUUGCGCUUCGUGCGGGAGCAAGGAUGGCUUCACGAAGAGGAGCCUGUUCAAGACGUUUCCUUCAGUUUUGGCUGUCAACGCACGUCGCUUUGAGAUCGUGAACUGGGUGCCAACAAAGCAAGAUGUUCCGGUUAUUGUUGGUGACGAGGAGAUUCCUUUUGAUGCAUACAAGUCGCACGGCCUGCAGGACAACGAAGAGGUCCUGCCCGAUGAUGGCGGUGCCGGUAGCUCCUCCAAGUGGACGCCAAACGAGGCUGCGUUGUCCAUGCUUGAGGCAAUGGGUUUCCCUCGUGUGCGAUGCGAGAAGGCGCUGCAUGCCACCGGCAACGAAGAUCCGGAGGCAGCCUCAGAAUGGCUCUUCGCUCACAUGGAGGACCCCGAUAUCGACGACCCGGUUGACUUCAACGCUGGUAGUGGAGGCGGCUCUGGUGGUGCCGCGAGUGCAGUCGAUCCAGAAAAGAUUGAGCAAUUGAGUGGCAUGGGCUUCAACGCUCCACAAGCUCGACAGGCACUGAAGGAAACCGGUGGAGAUAUGGAGCGCGCUGUUGAAUGGCUGUUCAGUCACCCCGAGGCUGCCGGCGACUUUGGCGAUGAUGCAAGCGCAGAAGCACCUGCUGCACAUCAGGAGAAGUCGGUCCCAGGAAGCGACAAGCUGCCGGCCAACUUCCAGCUCCAGUCCAUUGUCUGCCAUAAGGGCAGCUCUAUCCACGCCGGACACUACGUUGCAUUCGUUCGUAAACAGCUGCCUGACGAACAAGAUCCUGCGUGGGUGCUCUUCAACGACGAGAAGGUAGCUAAGGCUGCCGAUAUCGAUGAGAUGAAGAAGUUUGCGUAUGUGUAUUUCUUCAGGCGUUUGUAAGACGGGCGGUCUAGGUUCAGUGGUGAGCUAGCAUAGCGGGAGCGGAGUUGAUUGCGAUUGGCGCGUUUGAACCUGCCAAAUCAAAAGAGAGAUGUUACAUAGUAUGAUCAUAGGCAUCAUAGAACAGUCUGAAGGCGACAAUGUCACGAAGUUACGACCACAAAGUUGAGCUGGUAUGUGCGCGGUGCAUGGUGCUGCACUGCAUCAGAUUAUGCAAGUGAUUACAUUUGUGGCCGAUCUGAUAAGGAAAACGCAUCCGGCGAUGACGGUCGCCGCGCAAAGAGUGGCUCUUGUCCGGCGGAUUCACCCCACAUGGGCCAAAGCUUGGCUCUGUGACCGAGCUCGGGGGCGAUAAACUUACGUCUUUUCCCUCGACUAUCCAUCACACCGACACCACCACCUACACCAGAGUUUCCACACACCAACCAUCUU